CCGCUUGAGACGCUCUAGUAUUCCUCUACUCUAUGGCCACUGACAAUUGACAAGUCACGAGCAGUAAGACUCCUUUCUAUUGGAUGAGCAGCCUCGCGUAGGCGGGCAGCUCGAUGCACGGCGCGCUGAUUGGCUGAAUCUGCCACGCGGAGCGGCUGGGCGGUGCAUGGGGCGCGCGGACUGAGGUGACCGGCGGCUUUUCUCAGUUUUAGUGAAGACGGGCGCAUGUGGGCGCUUUGCUCGCUGUUGCGGUCCGCGGCUGGACGCACCAUGUCGCAGGGACGCACCAUAUCGCAGGGAUCCGCCCGCCGCCAGCGGCCGCCCAAGGACUCGCUGCGGCACCUGCGCACGCGAGAGAAGCGCGGCCCGUCGGGGUCCUCCCGCGGCGCGAACACCGUGUACCUGCAGGUGGUGUCAGUGGGCAGCCGGGACGCGGGCACCGCGCUCUACGUCUUCUCCGAGUUCAACCGAUACCUCUUCAACUGUGGAGAAGGCGUUCAGAGACUCAUGCAGGAGCACAAGUUGAAAGUUGCUCGCCUGGACAACAUAUUCCUGACUCGAAUGCACUGGUCUAAUGUUGGUGGCUUAAGUGGAAUGAUUCUUACUUUAAAGGAAACCGGGCUUCCCAAGUGUGUACUUUCUGGACCUCCACAACUGGAAAAAUACCUCGAAGCAAUCAAAAUAUUUUCUGGUCCAUUGAAAGGAAUAGAACUGGCUGUGCGGCCCCACUCUGCCCCCGAAUACAAGGAUGAAACCAUGACAGUUUACCAGAUCCCCAUACACAGUGAACAGAGGAGUGGAAAGCACCAACCAUGGCAGAGUCCAGAAAGGCCUCUCAGCAGGCUCAGUCCAGAGCGAUCUUCAGACUCCGAGUCAAAUGAGAAUGAGCCGCACCUUCCCUGUGGUGUUAGCCAGAGAAGAGGGGUAAGGGACCCUUCCCUGGUUGUUGCUUUCAUCUGUAAGCUUCACUUAAAGAGAGGAAGCUUCCUGGUGCUCAAAGCAAAGGAGCUGGGUCUUCCAGUUGGGACAGCUGCCAUCGGUCCCAUCAUUGCUGCUGUCAAGGAGGGGAAAAGCAUCACUCAUGAAGGAAGAGAGAUUUUGGCUGACGAGCUGUGUACUCCUCCAGAUCCUGGUGCUGCUUUUGUGGUGGUAGAAUGUCCAGAUGAAGGCUUCAUUCAACCCAUCUGUGAGAAUGCCACCUUUCAGAGGUACCAAGGAAAGGCAGAUGCCCCCGUGGCCUUGGUGGUUCACAUGGCCCCAGAAUCUGUGCUUGUGGACAGCAGGUACCAGCAGUGGAUGGAGAGGUUUGGGCCUGACACCCAGCACUUGGUCCUGAAUGAGAACUGUGCCUCAGUUCACAACCUUCGCAGCUACAAGAUUCAAACCCAGCUCAACCUCAUCCACCCAGACAUCUUCCCCCUGCUCACCAGUUUCCCCUGUAAGGUAGUGUCUCAGACCAGCCCCUCGUUGGCCCAGCUCUCACCCCCUCUCUUUCUCUCCAUGAAUGCAUUUUGUCUCUUUCAGAAGGAGGGCCCCACCCUCAGCGUGCCCGUGGUUCAGGGUGAAUGCCUCCUCAAGUACCAGCUCCGUCCCAGGAGGGAGUGGCAGAGGGAUGCCAUUAUUACUUGCAAUCCUGAGGAAUUCAUAGACGAGGCGCUGCAGCUUCCCAACUUCCAGGAGAGCGUGCAGGAGUACAGGAGGAGUGCACAGGACGGCCCAGCCCCAGCAGAGAAAAGAAGUCAGUACCCAGAAAUCGUCUUCCUUGGAACAGGGUCUGCCGUCCCGAUGAAGAUUCGAAAUGUCAGUGCCACACUCGUCAACAUAAGCUCCGACACGUCUCUGCUACUGGACUGUGGUGAGGGCACGUUUGGGCAGCUGUACCGUCAUUACGGAGACCAGGUGGACCGGGUCCUGGGCAGCCUGGCUGCCGUGUUUGUGUCCCACCUGCACGCAGAUCACCACACGGGCUUGCUAAAUAUCUUGCUGCAGAGAGAACGAGCCUUGGCAUCUUUGGGAAAGCCACUUCGCCCUUUGCUGGUGGUUGCCCCCACCCAGCUCAAAGCCUGGCUCCAGCAGUACCACAACCAGUGCCAGGAGGUCCUGCACCACGUCAGUAUGAUCCCUGCCAAAUGCCUUCAGGAAGGGGCUGAGAUCUCCAGUCCUGCAGUGGAAAGAUUGAUCAGUUCGCUGUUGGGAACAUGUGAUUUGGAAGAGUUUCAGACCUGUCUGGUGCGGCACUGCAGGCAUGCGUUUGGCUGUGCGCUGGUGCACGCCUCUGGCUGGAAAGUGGUCUAUUCCGGGGACACCAUGCCCUGUGAGGCUCUGGUCCGGAUGGGGAAAGAUGCCACCCUCCUGAUACAUGAAGCCACCCUGGAAGAUGGUUUGGAAGAGGAAGCAGUGGAAAAGACACACAGCACAACGUCCCAAGCCAUCAGUGUGGGGAUGCGGAUGAACGCGGAGUUCAUCAUGCUGAACCACUUCAGCCAGCGCUACGCCAAGGUCCCCCUCUUUAGCCCUGACUUCAACGAGAAAGUGGGAAUCGCCUUUGACCACAUGAAGGUCUCCUUUGGAGACUUUCCAACAGUGCCCAAGCUGAUUCCCCCACUGAAAGCCCUGUUUGCUGGCGACAUUGAGGAGAUGGAGGAGCGCAGGGAGAGGCGGGAGCUGCGACAGGUGCGGGCGGUCCUCCUGUCCAGGGCUCUGACAGGCGACCUGGAGGAUGGGGAGCCCCAGCAGAAACGGGCCCACACAGAGGAGCCACAGAGCAAAAAGGUCAGAGCCCAGUGAAGAUCUGGGAGUGACCCUGAACUCUGACGGCUGUGUGUCUUCUGCCCCACGCACGCACCCGUAUCUGCCCUCCUUGCUGGUAGAAGCUGAAGAGCACGGUCCACUCAGGAGGCAGCUCAGGAUAGGUGGUGUGGAGUUGUGCCAAGGCUUGGACUCCCAGAUAAGCACUAGUUUAUAGACACCUCUUAGGACUGGUGCCUGGCACAGCUGCGGAACAGGAGGCUGCUACGCGGAAGCAAGCAAAUGAACUAAUUUCACUUCAAGGCAGUAUUUAAAGAAGUCAUGGAAACAGACGGCAGCACCCUUCCUCUCAUCCAGCAAAGUGAUUUUCUGCACGCCAGAGACAAGCAGAGUCGCAGGAACACUGGGUCUAAGUGUCCGAGACUCAACGAAAAUAGUAUUUCAGCUGCAAUAAAGAUCGAGUUUGGAA